GCCGUUGUCAGGGGAACGGGCCCAGCGCCGGACGAGGCCCAGCCAGUCUGGGUCUGGCCUGGCCGCCCCUCCAGCCUGCUGGAGCCGGAGCCGGAGCCGGAGCCAGAGCUAGAGCCCGAGGACUCACCGGCCCAGUCUCCGUCCGGGAUGAGGCCCCGCUCCCGGGCGCGUUGCCGCCCAGUCCCGGGGACCGUCCCUACCGCGAGGGUCUGAGGCGCGGCUGCCCCGGGGAGGGUGGAAGGCCAGGCGUGGGGCCCGAACCUCUGGCUGACCUUGGCAGGGCCCAUCUGGCACGGCCUCCGCGGCGCGCAGGUGAGGAGUCCCCGCCCGGUUUCUCACCUCGGAGCCUGGCUUGAGCCACGGAGUAGCGCAUGCUGCCGCCUGGCCGGCUUUGGGCUCGCUUCCGCCUGGAGCCGGUGGCCUGCGUUCCAGGGCCCGGGCAGAAACGCGGGGCUUCCUUUUAGCAUGCAUCAAGUUCACAGAUCUUCCUUGAGCGCUUACUCUUUGCCAGGCUCUGUGCCAGGCGUGGGCACAGAGGACUCCGCACAGACGUGGCCCGUCUCCAGAACCCAGAGCAUUAAGGAAGGGGGCUGGGAAGCGGAUGUCAUACAUGACUAAAGUGAUUUCAGAUGUUUUCAAGUCAGCAAACAUUUACUGAGGAUCUACUAUGUACAAGAUGAACAUCUGCAACAAGCCCUCCAACAAGACGGCCCCUGAGAAGAGUGUGUGGACAGCGCCGGCGCAGCCCAGCGGACCCUCUCCCGAGCUGCAGGGCCAGCGAUCCCGCCGGAAUGGGUGGAGCUGGCCCCCUCACCCGCUCCAGAUUGUGGCCUGGCUGCUGUACCUCUUCUUUGCUGUGAUCGGCUUUGGGGUCCUUGUUCCCCUCCUGCCUCACCACUGGGUGCCCGCUGGCUACGCUUGUAUGGGCGCCAUCUUUGCCGGCCACCUUGUGGUGCACCUGACCGCCGUCUCCAUCGAUCCAGCAGAUGCCAACGUGCGAGACAAGAGCUAUGCGGGGCCCCUGCCCAUCUUCAACCGAAGCCAGCACGCACAUGUCAUUGAAGACCUGCACUGCAACUUGUGCGACGUGGAUGUGAGCGCUCGCUCCAAGCACUGCAGCGCCUGCAACAAGUGCGUGUGCGGUUUCGACCACCACUGCAAGUGGCUCAACAACUGUGUGGGCGAGCGGAACUACCGGCUCUUUCUACACAGUGUUGCAUCCGCCUUACUGGGCGUCCUACUCCUGGUGCUGGUGGCCACAUAUGUCUUCGUGGAGUUCUUUGUCAACCCCAUGCGUCUGCGCACCAACCGACACUUUGAAGUCCUGAAGAAUCACACGGAUGUGUGGUUCGUGUUCCUGCCCGCCGCCCCCGUGGAGACCCAGGCCCCUGCCAUCCUGGCCCUGGCCGCCCUGCUCAUCCUUCUGGGCCUCCUGUCCACAGCCCUCCUGGGGCACCUGCUCUGCUUCCACAUUUAUCUCAUGUGGCACAAGCUCACCACCUAUGAGUACAUCGUGCAGCACCGCCCACCGCAGGAGGCCAAGGGGGUUCACAGGGAGCUCGAGUCAUGUCCUCCCAAGAUGCGGCCCAUUCAGGAGAUGGAGUUCUACAUGCGGACCUUCAGACAUAUGCGCCCAGAGCCCCCCGGCCAGGCCAGGCCAGCAGCAGUGAAUGCCAAUCCCUCCCAGUUUCUUGCCACCCGUGGCCAAGCGGAACCUCCACCACCCUCUUCCCCAGACACUCUCGCCCUGCCUCCCCGGAUCCGACCCCAGAAAAAGAGGAAGAGGCGCGUGUAUAAAGUGCGAACCUCUGAGACCUCGGAUCCGGCGUCGGGGCCCAGGGCCCCCGGCCGCCGCUCCAGCUCGUCGACGGAUUCCGCGGACGCCAGCCCUGUGCACGCCGCUGGCCCUGCCGGCGCCUACCACUCGGCGUCGGCAGAGUCCGUGGACGAGAUUCCAGUGGCGCAGACGCGCCUGGGCAGCGCUGCUCUGGCCGCCCCGCGGGGCCGGGGCCUACAGCCCACCCUGGCGCGGCAGGCGCGUGCGCUCGCCAUUUUCGUGAGCCGGAGCAGCGGCGAGCCCAGGGCGCCGGGCGGCCGGGAGGCUUAGCUGGGCCGAGAGGCCGGAGGGCCGAGUUGGAGCGGCCGGCCCGACUCUCUAUGCAACACCCCAUCCUUGCCGCACCGAGUGCACUUUAGGGGCCCCUACGGCCGGGGGGAUCGUCCUCCCUUCCCCACGACUCAGCAAUACCCGCCCCACCGUCUGUGAUGCUCCAAUAAACUUUUUUAUGCUUUUGCGGA